UCACGUAAUCUAAUUGUCUGUUUGUUGGAGCUUUCCUUUCUCUCUCUGAAGUUCUCUCCAUAUAUCAGGAUUGUUUCUGUCAUUAAAUCUAUUUAUUUGCCUCGCAUUUCGCAUCCGAUUUCAAAUAAGAAUGGCAAAGAUCGAACCGUUAACAACAUUGUGUUCUGUAUAAGCCGUAACCAGCAAUUUCUUCUUCUUCUUCUUCUUUUCCUUCUUUUUCUCUCUGUCUCUAUAUAUAUAUACACGCACAUAUACAAAGCCAAUCACCAAGUUUGACAAACCAUACAUUCCAAAGGAAAAAGAAAUGGCAGCACCUUUUCCCGCGGGAAUUGUGAUUGCUGCCGUUCUUUUUCCGGCGUUUGUGGUGGUUUGUUCUUUUCCAACGACACUUCCUUUAGAGAGGGUGAUUCCGCCGAGUCACAAGCUCGAGUUGAGUUACCUCAAAGAGCGAGACAGUAUUAGGCAUGGAAGAAUGUUGCAAGCUAUUGAUGGAGUCGUUUCUUUCCCUGCUUUAGGAACUUUCAAUCCUUAUCUUGUUGGGCUUUAUUACACACGAGUGCAAUUGGGUUCUCCUCCAAAAAAUUUCUAUGUACAAAUAGAUACUGGAAGUGAUGUCCUAUGGGUCAGUUGCAGUUCCUGUGAUGGCUGCCCUACUACAAGUGGACUAGAUAUUCCACUCUCUUUCUUUGAUCCUGGGAGCUCAAGAACAGCUUCAUCGAUCUCCUGUCAAGACAAAAGAUGCCGUCUUGGAAGUCAAUCAACAGAUUCUGUUUGUGCUUCAGGAAAACGAUGCAGCUACACGUUCCAGUAUGGGGAUGGUAGUGGUACAUCAGGCUAUUAUGUGUCAGAUAUGUUGCGUAUGGAUGUGUAUGCUGAGGCUCUCAAUUCUACUUCGGCUCCUAUUGUUUUUGGGUGUAGCACUCAACAUACUGGGGAUUUGACAAAACCUGAUAGAGCAGUUGAUGGUAUAUUUGGUUUUGGGCGAGCGGGCAUGUCUGUUAUAUCUCAGUUAUCUUCACAAGGAAUAACACCAAAUGUGUUCUCCCAUUGCUUGAAAGGAGAUGAUGCUGGUGGCGGUGUAUUGGUUAUGGGGGAAGUUUUGGAGCCAAAUAUUGUUUAUACUCCACUUGUCCCAUCACAGUCUCAUUAUAAUAUACAUCUACAAAGUAUUGCUGUUGCUGGAGAAACAUUACCCAUCAAUCCAUCAGUUUUUGUAACCACAAGCACUCAGGGAACCAUAAUUGAUUCCGGGACAACAUUGGCAUACCUUGCAGAAGCAGCUUAUGAUCCUUUUAUCUAUGCUGUUACAACCGCUGUUGCAAAAUAUGUUCGCACAUUUCUUAUGCUGGAAAAUCAAUGUUACUCAAUCAGCCCCAGUAUUGAUGUUGCAUUUCCUCUAGUUACUUUUAACUUUGCUGGCGGUGCAUCAAUGGUUUUAACGCCUCGGGAGUACCUUGUGCCAAGAAGUCCUAUUGAUGGAAAUCCAGUGUGGUGCAUUGGAUUUCAAAAAGUUCCAGAUCAACAAAUAACCAUAUUAGGAGAUCUUGUUCUAAAAGACAAAAUCAUAAUUUAUGAUAUUGCUAAUCAACGGAUUGGAUGGACUCCUUUUGAUUGUUCAGCGCCAGUAAAUGUAUCCACAACUAUAAUUCACCAGAAAAGUGCUAUUGGUUCUGAGAAGUCGAGCAGUGAUGCCGGUUUACUGACAAAUACGCAGUACAAACUUAUACAAAUGACAACUCAAUCAGCGGAGCAGAAUGUGCAAUUUAGUUGGGUCAGGGACAGUGAGCUUGUACGAGUCUUUGACUGUUGGCUGUUUGUUGCUAGAAGCUUAUUCUGAUAGGCCAUGUAAAAUUAGACAAACAGCUUUGUAAAUUACAUUUCUUACAGGAUCAAUGAGGCAACAAAAGAAUUAGUUUAUGUAUGUAUAAAUAUUUUUUCAGUUUAAUUAUUUAUGCAUUUUUCCUUCA